GGAGGAGACCAGUGAUGACGACAGUGAUGCUGAUUACAUCUUCCCUUUGUGUGUCCGGUAAGUCACUGUGGUGUGUGUAAUUAUCUAUCCAUCCAUUUUCUUUUUUUUUUGUGUCACGGGAGGGGCCUAUAGCUUAUGUUCACAUUCAGUGAGUGCAAGGAAUGUGAUUACAUAACAGGUGUCCUACAUGUCUGAAAUUAUGUAUCCAUUUCACAGUGCUUUUUUUGUGAUUCAUAAUAUUUUCCCAACAGAACUGGUGGUGCCCUCCCCUCUACGAGCAUUCGCUUGGAUGCACUUCUAGCCAUAAGUAUGGAGGACACUGUGCAUGACUCUUCAGACGUCGGUCCCACUCUCACAGAUGCACCUGAGAUGCCAGAAAAGCUCCAGCCCCAGAGAGAAGAUGAGGUCAUUGGCCAGCCAGCUUCUAUUGCCUAUCAUCUAAACUUGAAGCUGCUGGCUGAGUACCUUCUGCUGCCCAUCCCCAUGUGUACCGCCAAGGACCCUGUUACCAAUGCAGCGUGCCAGGCCCAUGGACCCUUUCAGGUGACGGUCAAAUCCAGGGCCACAGCUGCCAUCAUUGAGUGGACGUUUCCCUUUGGUCAUAUUGUGUGGCGUUCGAGUUCACAGUCCGCUCUCAAGUAUGGGAUGCUGAUAGGGGACUUCAUGUUGGCUGUCAAUAUCCUCCUCUCUGGAAACAACUAUGCGAAAGUGGCAUUACUGUUCAAAUUUAUGAACAUGGGGAUGGUGGGAAGGUCCACAUUUUUCAAAAUACAGGACACCUACUGUGUGGACACCAUAAAACAGUUCUGGGAAGAAAAGCGAGGAUUAGUUAUUUCCCAGCUAAAGCCCAAAGCCAGUGUCGUGGCCCUGGGAGAUGGUCGGAUGGACAGCCCUGGAUUCUGUGCACAGUACUGCACAUAUAGUGUGAUGGAGAAUGACUCUAAAGACAUCAUCUCCAUGGUGACAGUGGACAAACGUGAAACGGCGCGGAACAGUGUCAUCAUGGAGAAGGAAGCCUUCAUCCGGACUUUUGACACACUUCCCAAGGGCAUAUAUAAGUCAUGGGGAGUUCGCCAUACCCUUGACAUGUGGCACGGAUCGAAAAACCUUGGAAAGAAGAUCCACCAGGCGAGCCAGCAGAAGGGGUGCUCCAUUUUACUCAUUUGGAGCAAGGAUGUGUGCAACCACUUUUGGUUUUGUGCCAAAAUGUCGGCAACCUAUGACGACUUCUUUGACAUGUGGGCUGGCCUACUCCAUCACGUCACAGGAGAACACGAGUGGGCUCUUGGCGCCUGUCACCAUGGACCCUUGUCGGACAACAGGGACAAGGAAUGGAUAGAGAAGGGAUCUGUGGCACACAGAGCACUCAUUGAGAUAGUGCUAAAUGCACGCUGGCUGGGUGAAGUAGUGAAGUACCUGGGAUUUAGGUCUACAGCAGAACUUGAGUCAUUUCACAACCACAUACUGAUGUAUGCCAGCAAGAGAUUCAGUUUCACCCCGCCCGUCUAUUCAGCUCGCACCCUACUUGCUGGUUUGGAUUAUAAUCAUCAUGUCCACCGACCAGUGCAGAGAAAAGCUGAUGGCUCCAUUGAGUAAGUUCUUAAAAUUGACAACAGUAUACCCACUAAAACGGAAAUAUAUUAGUUUUAUAAUAUAAGGUCAAAUUUAUACAUGAAUAAUUAUAAUGAAUGUUGCCCUUGCACAGGCAGCAGUUUUGCAAAUUUAUCACAAAUUCAUUUUUCAAUAACCAUCUUUUCCUGUUUCGGUCAUAUGCUAAUUUCAUUAUGUCAGAUACCAGAAGCUGUACAACAAGAAGUCGCGGAAGUGGAGCCUGUACACAAUGAAGGUCGACAAGGACUAUGGCUACAUUCCUGACCUCCAGAGGGCCAUCCUCCGUAGCCGCACCACAGCAGACAGAGGCAUGCCGCGUGUGAGACGCCAGAGGCCUGAUGACCCGCGGCAGUAUGGUGUGCUAUGUGGUAUUCCACCUCCAACCACAGAGGAGCUACUGCACACACAAGUCAGUCGACGACAAGGGCCAAGGACUACCUAAGUGAGCAGCCGACCAUAGGAGAAGAUGUGACCCCUGCGACACCUCACCUGAGUCGACCC